ACAUUUUCAUAAACAGACACCUUCAUUAAUAGAAUCAGAAAUUCCUCCUAAACUCCAACAGAUCCUGCCUAAAUCCAAAUUUGAACCUCAAUCCCAGAACGCUUCAAUUAAAACAUUCGGCAGAUUGUUGGAUGAUCAAACCAGUGCGUAUGUAACUGAGAUGCCUCAGAUACGCUAUAACUUAUCCAAAGCCGAGAACGAAGCCUUACAUCAUCUGGCAGCGCAGGAUGAACUUAUUUUUCGCCCCGCAGAUAAGGGCGGGGCUUUAGUUAUUCAGAAUAAAAAGGACUAUAAAGAGGAAAUUACACGCCAACUACAAGAUCAAGAGACUUAUUGUUUGUUGUCUAAAGAUCCUACUACCGAAUUUAAGAGCCAACUCACUUUACUAUUGGAUAGUGCAGUACAGGAGGGUACAUUAUCUAAAGUUAUACGCAAUGCACUUAUUCCAGCACACCCCGUCAUGCCCCUGUUGUACACUACACCGAAAAUCCACAAGUCAUUGAAUAAUCCACCAGGACGUCCCAUUAUCUCUGCCCGAUCAUCCCUAUUUCAACCCACUGCACUAUACUUAGAUUCUCUGCUUCAACCCUGUAUACAAAUGCAUCCACGUUUUUUGUUAGACACCACUACAUUAUUGCAGAAGUUACACCAAUUACCCACAUUUGAUGACAAUAUAUUAUUAUGUAGUAUUGAUGUUCAAAAUUUAUAUACGGUGAUCCCCCAUGAGAUGGGUUUAGAAAUCAUGGAGCAAUUUUUGAGCAAUCAUAGUGCAUUCCAGGGUAACAGCAUUAAAUUGUGUAUACAAUUAUUACAAAUGACCCUACAAAAUUUUUUUUUCUUAUAUGACGGUCAGAUUUAUCUGCAACAGAAGGGGUGUGCCAUGGGGUCCCCUGUGGCUCCGGCAUACUCUAACGUCUUCAUGUUUCAUGUAGAACAGGAAAUUUUCUUUUCAGAUUCCGAGGUGGCAAAUAAUAUCUUGUUUUAUUGUCGGUACAUCGACGACCUACUGUUAAUCUGGCAGGGUCCGAAAAGUAAGCUUGAGCAGGUUAUUGAAACUCAUAAUAGGUUGCAGCACCCAAUUAAAUUAACGUACACCAUCAGUGAAUAUGCCAUCAAUUAUUUAGAUGUACAUAUUGCCCUUGAACAAGGUAAAAUUACUACCUCCUUAUAUGCCAAAACCACCGACAAAAAUAAUAUGCUGCACUAUAAGAGUUUCCAUCCACAGCCACUUAAAAAAGGCUUGCCCUACUCCCAGCUCCUUCGAGUCAGACGCAUUACUUCUGACCCCGCCAAGGCGGAGGUGCAGAUGGAUGAGAUGGUUGAACAGUUUGCCCAACGGGGAUACCCCAUGCAUCUCCUUAAAGCAGCUAAGGAGAAGGUUCUAUUAUUAGAUCGGGACACACUCAUAAGGCCAUCCGAUACCCCUCUACAACUAGUCCCAUGAUCCCUUGGGUGGUACAAUACCAUGCUGCAAGUACAGGGAUCAACCAGAUCUCUAAAAAAUUGUGGCCCAUUGUUCAGAGUGACCCCGAAUUGGGCUUACAAAACACCAAACUGAUGUCUUGCUACAAGCGCAAUAAAAACUUGAGAGACAUCCUUGUUAAAACAGAUGUCUCCCAAAAAACAUCCACUCAGGUCUUGUUCCACAAAAAGGGAUGCAUUCGAUGCACAUGCACCACCUGCCAGUUUUUAAUACCAGGAGAAACAUUCCAACACCCUCAGUCUGGCAAAACCAUGUACAUUGCCCAUACGCUCACAUGUUCAUCCAAAUUUGUCAUAUACCAACUGAUAUGCCCCUGUGGGCUGUCAUAUAUUGGCAAAACAGAACGUAUGUUUAAGGAACGUAUGGCAGCCCACAGAUCAGCUAUCAAAAUAGCAAUCAACAAGGGUUCUAGUGAACAGCCAGUGGCCAGGCACUUUGCCCAUUGGAAGCACCCCCUCACCACGCUUAAAUACCGAAUGAUAGAUCACGUACCGGCUUCCAUCAGAGGUGGUGAUCGGGGUGGCAAACUCCUGAGACUAGAGGCUCGUUGGAUCUACCGGUUGGGUACUAUUCAUCCGAACGGUCUUAACGAGUCUCAGGGCUUUAAUAGUUUUUUAUAAUUUAUACAGCUAGCUUCGUUUUUUGUCUUUUUUGUCUCUUUAGACUAUAUUUUUUUAGCAAGCCAGCCCGGGUUCUUUUCCCAUACAUGUAACUGCCUGGCUUUAUUUUUGAUUGAUAUGUGCCCACUAGGUGGCGGUACAUAUCUGAUUCUAUUUAGCAAUUCCUUAUGAGCAUGCAUUAGCUCACCUAGGUUUACUAGGUCAGUAGGGUGAUAUGAUCAUCAAUAUGAGUAUUGUGAUUUUCCUAUACCUACUUUGUAACAUGGAUUACAUUAAUGCCCCUUUUUGAUGGUACACAUCAUGGCCACAGGCUUUAUUCCUAUGCUUCUCAUAAUAUCAGAGUAGAUUGAUUUAUGCACAUGGCACGAUUGCCCACAUUUUACAUUAUAUGUUAGGCCACUAUUCUUUGUAUGUGUAUUUCAGCUGGCAAUUAGUUUACAUCUUGUUAUUAGGUUGCUAUAGAUACAUUUUGAAGACGACAGUAUCAUAAUAGUUGUAUCAUAUGGCACACGCGAUCAGCGCGACUUGUUGUAUCUAGGUAACCAGCCUGUGUUGUGUAGGUAUCCAUGGUGACGGGAUGCACAUAGGGGAAGUGACGUAUCAUGACGUCAUUGUAGCUGCGCCGGACGGAGCGGACGCCGCCCCACACGCUACACGCGGCACGAGCACCUGGGUGAUUAGUCGUCUUUAUAGAGACCUAAAACCGGAGAACAUCUUGAUGGCGGCAUCUGGUCAUCUACAAAUUGCGGACUUUGGAAUAGCAAUAGAGAACAUCUUUGGUGACCAGACCGCCACAGAAUACGCUGGGACCCCUGGAUAUAUAGCUCCAGAGUUUGCUUUGGUUGUGAAAUCUGCAUUGCUGCUAUUAGGUGUCAAUUAAACGUAAAAUCUCUCAGACAUCAGAAAACUCUUCAUCUCGUGUAUGGAGGUAAGAAAUGGUUACAACACACAAUAAACAUUAUAAGUCCCGUCAGCAUAAGCGCAGUCAUCACAGUCACCCAAGUAGUUUUCUAGUUCAGGUGAUUAUCAUCAUCAUCAUCAUCAUCAUCCUCAUCAUCAGUAAAUUACUACGGCUUUCUCAGACAUAAAUGCGUCUUGUUUCCGAUCUGCAUCUGUUCAGAGUUGCGCGAACACAUUGUUAUUAUACUGUAAAUGAUAGCGCCAGUGACCAGCAUAUCCAGCAGCAGGAGGGGUGACAGAGUCACACAUCUCUGCAUCCGUGUGAGAUCAGAGUCAGACAAAGAGACUCUGCAGAUUGGCCUAGUGCUCAUUCUACAUAAAGCCAAAAGAGAAUCCCAGUGUUCCCUACUGUAAGGUUUGGUGAUAAUUACAGAAAGCCAGCGCCAAUGACACAUUAAUAUAUACACUAAUCACAG